CCCGUCUCCAAUUUGCGAGCUUCAUUUGUAAACUCUUUUCUCCCCGGCACACACACAAAACGCGCACAAAACUCGUGGCGCACGGCCGCAUUGUCUCUAUGUCCUCACAGGCUCGACGUCAUAUCCCGUCCCUUCCCACCAGUACUUCGGUGACGAUUCUAUCUUGCCCGUCAGCAGCUCAUGCCCCACCCCGUCGUCAGUGAUCAGAAUGGUGUGCUCAAACUGGGCUGACCGCUUCCCGUCCUUGGUCGUCACCGUCCACUGAUCGGGCCAUGUGAUGUACUCGCCAGAUCCUGUAUGCAGUGCAGCCAUGCACAAGACAACACUACACUGCUGGACAGACACCUGGCGCAUCUGUUCGGGUGAUGUCGGCUGACCUUCGUUGAUCAUAGGUUCGAUGGUGAAUGUGUGGCCCGGCCGCAUCUCGCCGCGGACGCUGUUUGGGACGUGGUGGAUCUCAGGCUGGUCGUGAAACAUCCGGCCGAUCCCGUGACCGCAAAACCCCGGAGUCGAAUCGUACCCGUACGACCGAACGUACUCGUAGAUGGUCUGCACACAGACAGACAACGGAGAUUGGGAGCCGUUUGCGUGUGUCGCUUUUCUCAGCCCUGGCUCUCCGCUGACCUUUCCGAUGUUCUUGUACGGUGUUCCCGGCUUGCAGAGCUUGAUGGCCUCCUGCCAGGCAUCAUAUGUGACCUUGACGAGCCUCCUGCCCUCCUCGUCAACACCAUCGGGACUGCCGACCAGAAAAGUCUCAGAACAGUCACCGUGAAAACCUGACUCACACACCCAGACAACACACCACACCGCCUGCAGGCAUCUCUCUCGCAUGUAUCCCUCCCUGCCCGUCAUAUGUCCGCCUGACCCUCGAAGUAGGUGGUGACGUCGACAUUGACAAUGUCGCCCUCGCACAGAACGGUGCUGUCGGGGAUGCCGUGGCAGAUGACCUCAUUGGCAGACGUGCACACGCUUUUCGGGAACCCGCGGUAGCCCAGGGGCGAGGGGUAGGCGUUCCGCUCUAUCGCUGCCUCGUGCACUAGCGCAUCAAUCUCGUCGGUUGUCACGCCCGGCUGCACAGCCCUGCCGGCGAUGUCCAGCACCUCACGGGCUAUGCGACCUACAGACACACCACACAGAGGGAGGGAGGGAGGGAUAGAGAGGUGACUUACACGAAUGAACCGUAGGUAGAUACACCAUCCAUCCGUGCUGCUUCGGCUCACCUGCCCGCCUCAUGCCCUCAAUCUCUUCAGGGCUCUUCUGCGGUAUCCACCCCAGAAUGUUCUUGACCGGCGGCAGCCCACCCACAUAAUCAGGACGAGGGAUCUCCCGUGGCACUUCCCUCCUCGGCGACAACUUGCCCGGCCGCAGUCCACCCGAGAAGCGAAAGCCGCCAUGCACAGCCUUCGACGAGUCGCUUCUCGCACUUUUUGGCUUCUUCUUCUUGACCACUUUGGUCUCUGCGCCGAAGCCGAUGCCGCUCGCGGUUGCGCCGCCCUGCCUGGCCCUGAGCUGAUGCAGGGAUGGUCUGGGGGAGGAGAGUUGAGGGGAAAGGGGAAUGAAUGCACACGCUGAGGGGAUGGCUAGGGUGCAGAUGACAAAGCCAGAUAGAGGAAAGACGGAAGUGCGGCUCCUGUGCCGGUGGGAGGACCUUCUCGGCCUUUCUGGAGGCUCAUCUGCUUCAGCAGCUGCACAACUUGGCUCCUUUCGCUGCAUGGUCGGCUCACGCGGACGCUGCAGCUCCAUCUUGGC